AUGUCUUUACCACAGCAACCCGACAUGCCUUACAACCGGCCAAGAAACAAAUCCCAUACAGGAAAUCAAGUAUUCAAUUUGCUCAACGGACCAUCCGAGCCUCUUCGUAGCCCCAUCCGAAUUCCUCCACUUCCACCAUCAGCACGUCCCGCGGUAUCUAACUCAUCUCCUGCUUCCACGGAAGAUGUUUUCCUGCAUGUUCAUACGGAGAUGGAACUUCUGAAUUCGACUCUUGGAAGAAGUAUUGCUUCUUUGAAAUCCGAGAUUGGGAGAAGGGAGGCUGAGAUGAUUCCCGGGGCGGAAGGAGCUUUUGAGGGAGCUUGA